AUGAAGAUUUUCAAUAUGUCAAGCCAAAUGAACUAUGUCAUCCUCAUUAAAGACCAUAUCCUGACUGAAUCCAACUAUGUUGAUAGAAGGAGGAACAUUAAAUUGCUCCUAACUGCAGAAGGUCUAAUGUUUGUCAUUGAAGACGAAGAACUUUCAUUCCUUGACACUAUGGAUGGCGAGGAGAAAGUUGCCUAUGAGUUGUUUCAACAAAACAAUUCUAAGGCCAAGCUCCUUAUUUUGAAUUCAAUAGACAAAACCAUUAAGGAUUCUGUAAAGGAUUUAAGUUUUGUUAAAGAUAUGUUGGAGGAAUUAAAGAAGCUGUAUGGUAGGCAAAACAAACAUGCACAUCAUCAGCUUGUCACUCUCCUCCACAGCACUAAGAUGACUCCAGGGAUUUCACUUAUCGACCAUGUGAUGAAAUUGUAUAAUUUCUUCCAAGAACUAGAAGCAAUGGAGAUAUCCUUUAAGCUGAACUAUAAAACGAAUGUUAUACUCUACUCACUACCUCAGGAAAUCGAUAAAUCUUUUAUUUGUAAUUAUAAUAUGAAUAAAAUUCCGUAG